AUGGUCAACUUUCACAAAGCCAUUGAAUCCACUUGUCUUGCUGCCUCUUCGCAAUCCUCCCCACUAAGAGCUGACAAGCCAUGUACACCGAUGAAAUCGCCGUUCGGUGUACUCUUGAGCAAGGCUGCUCUGAAACCAUUUGCACUUGCAGCGGGCCCCAAUGUGACGUUGCCUGAGCGGAACUGGAUAUCUGCUGUGGCGUUGUUGAAGAAGUAG